UGCGUUCAUUUAAUUUGCUGCACUUAUCUUUCUAACUUUGAGGGCCUCAUAUGUAUAUCCCUGCAUCCCUUACAAUAAAAUUGGAUCUUUGACCAUAAAGAAGAAUAAAAUAAUAACUGAAAAGGGUAAAAUGAUAAAUAACUGGAAAAAAUGAAAUGAAAGGGAUGAUCGUAAAUGUUAUUACGUAUUAAUAAAUACACAAAGCUGAAAUAAACAAGUCUGUUUUAUUGAUUUCAAUAUUAUAUUGAUGAAGGAUAUUUUGAUGUUAUUUUAAUAAAGGAAAGAUGAGUCGAAAUCCAUGCGCAGUCGGUCUUACAAAGACCGAGCUGCUUCGUCAAGCAAAAACUGCCGCGGCUUUGAAAGACUAUGAUAAAAAACGUGAAGAAACAACACGCCAUCAAGCAGAUCCAUUCAGUAGAAGACGUAGAGUAGUAAGGCCUGAACCAAAAAAAGUGGAUUUCAGAAAACCAGGAAUGACUAAAGCAAUGAUGGCAAGAGUAAAACAAGCAGAGAAAUUUAAACAAGAAUAUGAGCGCAAACAAGAAACGUUAGCUGCUGCUCGAAAACCUAAGCGAACGCCCGCACCGAUAGGAGGUGAUGCCAGGUCGCGACGACAGUUAAAUUUGAUUGAAAUCAAUGAUUUAAUUCUUGUUUUUUUAAUUAGGAUGGGUAGAGAAAGAGUAACAGAUAGAGAAAGAAGACGUAGUCCGAGUACAUCGAGACCUACAACUCCGAAAGCUACAUCCCCAGCUAGAAGAGAAUUUGAACCUGGACCUGGACUUAGCCGCUUACCCACCUUUAAAAGACACCCUCCUUUUUUAAGACCUGGAGGAAGUAGUGAACCAACUGUAACUAGAAAAACUAAUGAAUUAGCUAGAAUGAUGAAUGCUGACAUAGUUCAGGCUGAUCCAAUUGGUGAAGGACCAAUUAAUAACAUUGUGAUACCUCCUGGAAUUGUAAGUGAUAAUCGUACCACCAUUAUCAGCAUACAACAACCAAGCGCAGAUAUUGAAGCAAAAUCACAAUUAGCGAAUCGCUCGAUUCAAGUGAUAAGCGAUACUCUUGACGAACAAGAUGCUGUAGAAACUUCGGCGGUACAAGGUAGAUUAACGGAAUUGCAGCAAGCUAGGAGAGAUUUUGUUAUGGCUGUGGCAAAUGUUGGUGCUAAUGCUGUUAAUAUCGAAGAAGAAAGUCCCCCUCACUAUCGGUAUAGGGUACCUGAUUUAGAGGAUGAAUUUCUUCAGCCUGAAUAUACUAGAGAACAUCCAGAUGUUGUAGCUGCGCGUGAAUUCAUGGAACAAAGAAAUGCAGCUAGAAGAAUAGAGGAUGAAUUUGAAAGAAUAGCAGCUCAAGAACAAAUGGCUGAUGAUUUACAAUUAGAUGUUCCUUUCGAGGAAGAACUUUAUCAAGAAAGAGAUAUAUCUUGGGAAGAGGAUGAAAGUGGAAUGGCUAUUCCUCGUCCAUCUAGAGUGAAAGCUUAUAUACCUUCUGUCCCUAGACAAGCAAGACCAUAUGAGUACGAGCCAUUUGAUCCAGAAAAUUUAGAAAGAUUCUUUGAUCUUCAACGUCACCCACCGUGUCCUCAAUAUGGACCACCAACUGGUAGAGAGCAGAUACAUCCAGAUUUAUGGGAAUUGGAUGAUCCAUGGUAUAGGCCCCCUCCAGAGCCUGAAGGACCAGAUCUAAUGGAAUUUGAUCUAAUGGAUUUUGAUUAAUUAAACAUUCAUCUUCCCUGUCUUAUGUCAUUGUAAUUUACCAUGCACCUUAAAGAAAAGAAUAAUUUAUUGUAACUUCAUGUAAUGUAUAACUGCUACACACAUGUAAAUAAUAAUAAUAUUAAUAGUGA